AGCCGAGGGAGGUCGGCUGCCGGUUAGUGCGGCCUCUCCGCCUGGCAGCGGGGCAGCCCGCGCGCGCAGCUAGGGGCCGGCCUCCCGCGCACAGCCCGCUGCUGCUGCACCAUGGCCGCCUCCGAAGCUCCCUGCUACUUGGGUUGGGACUUCAGCACCCAGCAGCUUAAAGUUAUUGCCAUUGAUGAGCAGCUGAGAGUCAUCUAUGAGGAUAACAUUCAUUUCGACAAAGAUCUUCCGGAAUUUGGGACUCAUUGCGGCGUCCACGUCCACAGCGAUAAGCUGACAGUGACUUCUCCUGUGUUAAUGUGGGUCAAGGCUCUGGAUAUGAUCUUGGAAAAGAUGAAGUCUUCUGGCUUUAACUUCUCUCAUGUGAGAGCUUUUUCUGGGGCUGGACAGCAGCAUGGAAGCGUGUAUUGGAAAGAAGGAGCCAGCCAAAUUUUAAAGAAUUUAUCACCUGAUCUUCCUUUACAUCAAUUACUAAAGGCUUGUUUUUCUGUCAGUGACAGCCCUAUCUGGAUGGAUUCUAGUACUACUACCCAGUGCUUAUCUCUUGAGAAAGCUGUUGGAGGGGCACAGCACCUAGCUAAUAUCACUGGUUCACGAGCAUGUGAGCGUUUUACAGGAAACCAGAUAGCAAAGAUUUACAGCCAGAAUCCUGAGGUCUACGCACAAACUGAGAGAAUCUCUGUGGUUAGUAGCUUUGCAGCGUCCCUUUUUCUAAGUGCUUAUGCACCCAUCGAUUAUUGUGAUGGUUCUGGAAUGAAUUUACUGCAGAUUCGUGAUAAAAUAUGGUCCACCGCCUGCCUCAAUGCUUGUGCGCCUGGAUUAGAAGAAAAGCUGGGACCUGUUGUGCUAUCCAGCUCAGUAUUGGGCUCUGUUUCUCCAUAUUAUAUUCAGCGCUAUGGGUUUAGUCCAGACUGUAAAGUAGUAGCAUUUACCGGGGACAAUCCAGCAUCGCUUGCAGGAAUGAAACUUGAAGAAGGGGACAUUGCGAUUAGUCUUGGCACAAGCGACACAUUGUUUCUUUGGAUUAAAGAACCAACGCCUGCAUUAGAAGGUCAUAUUUUCUGCAAUCCUGUUGACUCUCAAGCCUAUAUGGCACUUUUAUGUUUUAAGAAUGGCUCUCUAAUAAGAGAGAGGAUCAGAGAAGACUGUGCUUCAGGCUCCUGGGACGAAUUCUCCAAAGCCCUAAAAUGUACUGUUGUUGGAAACAAUGGAAACCUAGGUUUCUAUUUUGAUGUGAUAGAGAUUACUCCUGAAGCUGUUGGGAUUCACAGAUUCAACAGAGACAACAACAAGGUUCCAGACUUUCCAAAGGAGGUGGAGAUACGAGCAUUGAUUGAAGGACAGUUCAUGGCCAAGAGGAUUCAUGCUGAAAAGCUGGGAUAUAAAAUCAUGCCAAGAACAAGAAUUUUGGCCACUGGUGGAGCAUCAUAUAAUAAAGAAAUCUUACAGGUCCUGUCUGAUGUGUUUAGCGCACCAGUGUAUACUAUUGACACCGCCAACUCUGCUUGUUUAGGAUGUGCUUCCAGAGCAAUUCAUGGUUCUCAGAGGGUUAAUGAUGUUGAAUCCCAGGAAGGUCUUUCUUCUUCAGGUCUUGUGGCAGAAACAAGUGUGUCCUUGGUAGAUGCAGUUAAAUUAGCACCAGAGCCUAGAUUAGUUGUUACACCAACUGCUGGGGCAGACCAGCUCUACCAGCCCCUUCUGAAAAGAUAUGCAGAGCUUGAACAAAAGGUGCUCUACAGUCCAAACUCAUCUAUUCUGGCUAAAUUGCAAGAAAAAGAAAAAUCUAAGACUAGCUCAAGGAAUUGACUGCCAGGGUGAAGAUCAGAAGAAACUUGACAGAAUUUACUGCAGUUGGUUAAGGCAUUCUUUGUAUUUUGUGCAAAAACAAGGUCUAAUACAUAUUAAAAUGGUUUUUUUAAAAGGUGUUACUGGAAAAGUUGCUGAAAGAUUGAAAUCUUACUUAAUCAAUCAAGUGUUUUUUGUGUCCACAGCAUCAUUUUUUUCUCAGAUCCUUUUCAGUAUUGUAAUUGGCAUUUUGUAAUAGCUGGGUAACAAUAGUCAGGUUAAUUCUAUCGAUCCGUUUACCCAUGUCUUUCUCUCUGUCUACAUGUCUGUCUCUAUCUGUAUGUCUACCAUAUCUGUCUGUAUCGUAUCUAUUUUAUCUGUCUGUUAUAUUCAUUUAUCUGUCACAACUAUCUUUCUAUAUGUCUCUAAUCUGUCUACGUUUUUAUACCAUGUUAUACCAUGUUUAUUAUGGUGCUGCCUUACAGAAAUUACAUAAAGGCCACAAAAAUCUAAGCACCAUUGAUUUUGGAUUCUCUCUCCUCUUUCCUUAACAUAUAGGCAUUUUAUGAAGCUGCUAGAUUAAUCUAAAACAGAAGGUGGUGUAUGAAUAUCCAGGGAAUUAUGUUCCUCUGAAUGCAAUAUUAAUAUUCAAGACAGUAGUUUUUAAUUUUCCCCUCUUCAGUCCCAGUGAUGAUCUGUUUCCAUUUGUGGAAAUGCCUUAGUGAGUAUUAUCUGCUAUUACAAAGUACUGUGUUGGCUACAUUGGAUCAAAUCCUGCCAUAACUUAUGUCUGUGCUAGCACACUGAAGGGUUGCCUGGGUGUGACUAAGAGGGCGGUUUGGCCCAGUGACUGAAAUGUGAACUCAAUGCUUUUGCAGUUUAUCUGUAAAGUAACAGCUGAGGCCUCUGAAAGACGGGAGACUUGGCUAAAUGUGCUACAUACAAUAAAGAGUAUUAAAACAAAUAAAGGAUCUGCUAGAAAUGA